AUUGUAGAAAAUAUUUGAACGAAUGUACAUCAAUAUUUAAUGAAUAUAGAAAUUGUCUUUAAUUGGAUUUCGGUUAGAAACACGUGCAUACGUAUUGUAGUCCUUUUUGUAAAGGACAGAAACUUGUUUUAACCCUUUUUGAGCAUUUUCUUUCGUUAUGAUAAAUAAUAUGAAAAUGAAAUUACGUUCUUAGAAAUGCUCGAGACGUAAAGUAUUGAAUAAUACAAUUUACUUACGUUCAAUUUAAUAUUCUUUUGGACUAUCGUUUGGUUAAUUAUCGUUUAAACUCAGGAAGAAUAGAAUGGAUUUAUGAAGCACACAAAAGAUCUUCAUGAAAAUAUAUCAGGAAGUAUAUUAUAACUGUGACUGUAAGAAAACCAGGACGACAUAGUGUGUGGAAUUCCCCUGAUGUGUUAACUUGCUGAUCUGGAGGAGGACAUUUAAACUGAGAUAUAUACAACAUGAGGGACACUGCUCUCUGGGGAGGGUUACUUAUUUUGAUUCUGUGCCACCAAUCUCAGUCGUUUUGUGAAACUGUCAACAAAGAUCCGUGCAUUGAAGAGGCCAAGAAGACCUGGAGUGAAGCGUCACAAAGCUGUAACUUGGUGGUCUCUAACACAACUCUCCGCGUCGGUGUUCCCAUUACUAAUAUCCCUGUUCUCAGACACAGAUCGUCUGAUCCGAUCAACAGGUCUGAUGAUGUUCAUUGGAUAGGGGCAAUAGGAACUUUCACGCCAUGGUUUGAAUUAGCAGGAUGCAACCUGUAUCGUAGCUUUUUAUUCAUUAAACAAUGGAGGUCUAGUUCAAACCUUGGUCCUGUGGCUCAAUGUCAUCAAAUAUGUGAAAACCGGAAAAACAGCUACAAAGAAUUCGGAAUAAACGAAACGCAUUGCUUUUGCUCAGAGGAUAAUUAUGCGGGUGUGAUUAAAAAUUUGACCUGUCGUCUACAAAAUUCAGAAAACGUUAAGAAUGACUUGGUCGGAACUGGUAACGAUCAGAGAUUGGUACCGAGAAGAUAUGUAUUUGCAUUGUAUAGGAAAAUCAAAAAUAUCACAGAAAUAGAUGAUAAAUUAGGCGAGUGUCUGAUGGAAACAAAGAAAGGAAAUAAGACGUAUCCUUGUGAUGCAGCAGACAUUACACAACGUACGAGGGUAGAAAGAUACCGACAUAAGACAAAUAACAACAGUCUUUCAAGAUGGAGACCUUAUGUUCGACGAUUAAUUAUAAGCUGGAAGAAAGAUAUCAGUGCUGAACAGAAAGCUUCAGUAUGUAUAGCAGUCCGUUACCAGAAUGGCUCUUACGAACUCUUACCUCGACGCUGUGACGAAACUCAUACCUCCAUAUGCAAGAAUGCAGGCACAACGACAGGUACAAAUUCACCGAGGACGUCCAAUUCUAACUUGGAAACAGAGAGAGGACAAACAACUGUUGUUCAUCAGAUAGAAGAUACAACUACACAGCAUACCACAAGCUCUGAUCUCAAAUCAUCUAUGAGGCACACGACAUUUGUGCACAACAUGACAUCUACCACUUCCAUUAAUCGCCACAGGGACAAGGACAGUACAACUACACCACGUACUACAAGAUCUAGUUACGGAACAUCGAGGGGACAAUCGACGUUUGGGCAACAAAUAACGGACUCAUCUCCUGUUGAUCGUCAUAAUGACAACAACGAGCCACCAGAUUCCACACUGCCUCUGAUCAUUGGAAGUGUUGUAGGAGGCCUCCUAUGUAUCGUUAUUGUCGGUAUUAUCAUCGUCAUUUUCAUCAAAAGAAGGCGUCCAGAUAGAAAAGAGAUAUAUCACCCUACUCCGACAGAAAAAGUUCAUUUCAGAGAAAUGAAAGAAGACAGAAAACCGCAUUUAUCAAUGGAGAAAGAAGAACCAUCACCUACUGAAAACACAAUAGACUACGAUACUAUGAUGUCUGUCAAAAAAAGGAAGAUAACUGAGGACUCUAAAGAGUAUGGGAAGUUGGUGCCUAAUGGUGAGGCAGACGUGUAUAAUCACACCUGGGAUAAACCAAUCACAAUACAGCUUACAGAUUAUGUGUAUAGCUCGAUAAUGUCCGGAAAUGACGCAAACGUGUAUGAUCACUGUUACUAGUAAUACAGUUAUAACUAAAGAAAUUGAAGAAAAAAAAAAACAAUAUUAAACAGAAAUGAUGACAAUUUGUAUGAUCAAACAGAUACUAAUAAUACAGAAUUAACUUAAGUCGGUGAUGAAAAUAGAGCAUUGUCAAUUAAAAUGAAUCAUUGUAUCAUCACACAAGCUAAAUAUUUAGACAAAAUCGAAGGCUGGAAAGUAUGGCUAACAGAUUUUAAUUUUAGUAAUUUUAGUUUUUUCAUAUUCGACCAUCAUAUGGAAUAUGCUAACUUACUGAAGUUCUCACUAAAGAAUUAUUUUGCCAAAUUGCAAACAAAACAAUGUCUAUAAACGUUAUUAAAAAAAAACUAAGACAAACCAGUUAUUCUAGAAAUUAUUAAUUAUCACUCACUUUUGUGUAGUUUAAUUACGUCAGGUUUUAUUUUGCAUCAAUAUCUUUUCAAUUUUGAAAGUUAAAGAUUUCAGGGAUAUACAUUUAUUAUUUAUGCGGAAAAAAGCGAGAUUCAUUUUAUGCAUAAAAUGGCCCUGUACUUUUAUCAGUUAAUUAACUAUCACCAUCUUUCCAUUUCAUAUAUCAAAAUAAAGUAGACACUUG